AUGGCCAAGUUAGAGCAGCGCGCGCUACAAAAGCCGCGAGGGAACCCAAAGCACAAGCUGGACGCUCUCAGCGCAAGGACGAGCGCCAAGCAAAGGUGGAACAAGAAGAUGCGGGAGAAGGAGCGCAUUCAGCGCGUGCGCAACUUGUCUCAGCAGCUCAAAGACGAAAUUAACGCGGAGCAGAAACGUGCUGCUGAGGCUCGCAAGGCAAAUCAGCAGCGUAAAAUCGACAACGAAAAGAAGAAUAUGGUCGUUCAGAACAUCAAGAACGAGAAGGCAAUUCGAAAGCUGAGCCCGAAGCACCGCCGUGCCGCGCGCAUCUUCAUGCUACAUGAGCUCAAUUAG